GUUGAUUUAUUUUCCAGGUUAAGAGCAAACAUACAAGUUCACCAUGCUGCCUCUGUCUGGGUGCAUCAUCUGACACUGAUACACCUAUUACCUUCAUUUCCACCUGCUUAGUGCCCCCUAGUGUCUCAGAAAAUCCAAAAAUAAAUGCAAAAAUAACAAAUAAUGAUAAUAAUAAACUAUUCCAUAGCUCCUAUACGGUUUUAAAUGCAGGUUUGACUCCUUAGCUUGUCCUUCGGUGUCCAUAUUUCCAACAACCCCUCUACUAGGAAUUUAUGCAUUUUUAAUUUAAACUAAUUGAUUAAUUAAAUUCCACAAACCAGACACUAAACAUGGAGCUGGACCCUCAGUGUCUAGGUCUCUGCAUUCAUAUCAGCCCUGUGAAUGUGGAUGCCCACUAGUCUGCGCUGCUCCAGUCUGCUUGCGGUCACGGUCAGUGAAAGGUAAAAGCGGUCCCAGCUGGUGUCUGGAUGAUCACUGUCUGGGUCUGGAUCCUCCUCCCCCACCCCACACAUCCACCACCACCACCACCACCACCAUGGAUCACUGACAGGAUGAGAAAUAGGAGGCGGGCUCUAAAUGAGACCGCAUCCCACAACCAACACACACAGCAGUCUGCUCCGCACAGCUGAAGGACCCGCGGGACAGUCAUAUCACAGGAUGAGGAAGAUGAGGAUAGUCCAUGGAUGCACCGCACGGAGCUCCAGGGUCGUGAUGUAGGUUUCUGUGCUGCGGGUGGACGCUGACAGGUUUCUGGACCGGUCGCUCCUGGUCCUCCUCGCCUCAUGCGAUACAGAACGGUCCCGGGAAGAGAUCCAGCAACACAAGGUCCAAUGGUUUUUGCUCCUGCAACUGCACUAGACCCCAGAAACAGGGCAUGGAUAUAUCUGAACUGGAGUUUGUUCAGAUAAUAAUAAUCCUGCUGGUGAUGACUUUCAUGGUAGUCGUGAUCAUCUGCCUACUCAACCACUACCGGCUGCCAGCCCUGGCCUUCUUCAGCAGGCUCAGCCACACUCAGAGAGACCAGGCCACACAACUGGAUGGCAGUGAGUGGUCAGACAGUGUGCUGACUCAGCAGAGAAAUGGCGAGGUGAUAUGUGGCCAUCUAAACAGCCUGCCGCCCUUCAUACAGCAGCAGCGACUGUGUCGCUUCCAGCCCACCUACCCCUACAUGCAGCAGGAGAUCAUCAACCUCCCCCCCAUCAUAUGCCUGUCAGACGGGGAGGAGCUGCUGCCCUACAAGGGUCCCUGCAGCCUACAGCUCCGUCACCCGGACCAGCAGCUGGAGCUGAUCCGAGCCGCCGUGCGCGCUCCACCGAACCGGACCGUCUUUGACGGUGACCUCAUAGACAUUUAUAUACACAGUAAGAGCGUGCAGGCUCCCAGCAGUAACUCUGGAACCGACAACGCCAGGAUGGAGGGUCCUCCACCCUCCUACAGUGAAGUGAUGGGGGACUACCCCGUCUCCACAGCCUCUUACAGCCAGUACAGCAAUAAUGCCCCGCCUGCAGACAACGCGUCAGGACGUGAGAGUCCACGGACAGUAUUUGACGCCGGCAGCAGUGAAAGCACAACAGCCUCCACUGACUCGAACAAGAAGAGCUGACAGACGAAAGAAAAACAAACUCAACAGUCCUUAAUCUGCAUAUUUCUUUCAGCAGUCUGUCUAACUUUGCUCUACUUUAAAACCCGAAGCGAUCCCCCGGAGCUGAAACUGUUUUUAUGUAACAUUAAAAGCUGCAAGAUUUUUUUUAUUUAUUAGGUACUAAAACUAAAAAUCUCUUGCUUUGUUUGUCUAUUUUUGUAUGCGUUUCAUUUCUGCAUGCUCACGUUGUGGACAAGUCCAACUUUGUUGUCCAGUUUCUGUUUUUGAUUUAUCGGACCUAUGUGCACAAAUCCCUCUCAAAUCCAGAAACGAGUGCCAUGAUUCAUAACUGUCACUGAUCAUGGGAACGUACUGUAGUAUGUAAUGUAAGCCAAUCUGAAGUUGCACUAACUUGUUAUUGUUAUUUUCUUGUCAAGGAGCUCUUAAGAUUGUGUGUUUGUGUUUUCUGUGACAGGACUCUGCUCGAGUCUGAAGGAUUGUUGGACUAUGAGCCAUUUUUUUUUCUGAUUCUGAUGAAUAUUGCUGAGAAAAUGAAAAACUGGAUGAAAGAUUGUUUUUUUUUUAAUGCUUUUGAGACCUGAUGUUAUAGAUCUAUGCUUGUUUGUAUUUAUUUAUUUGAUGCUGGCAGCUUGAGGAAAUGUUUGGCAAAGCCUAUAAUAAUUUGUUAAUGUUUGUUUCAGUCACAGUUCAGGGAGUUUUACCGUAAUCUCCCAGCGUAGCCUGACCUGGGACUUGAUACUGUCUUUUAUCACUCCUUACUGCUGCUGCUGCUGCUGCUGCUCCAUUUAAGUACGUCACUUUUUUCCCCUCCAAUUUUGUGUGUUUAAAUUGUUAUUUAGGUAAAAUAUCAAAAGUAGAUUUUUUUAUUGUUAUUUCUCCUUUAAACAAGCUCUUGUUAUUUAAAGUUUACAAUGUUUUCCGACGUGUUUUCAAGGAGGGUUUGCAUGUUACGUGGAUAUGAGCUAACUCUGUGCCUGAUGGUGACAUUGCAUUGGCCACAGGAAGCCACUUGCACUUAAAAAAAAAAAAAAAAGCCCCCCCCCGACCUCUGUUGUGCCUCACUUCCAAUGGUGCUUUUUUCAGCAGUCUGACUCUUGAGUCUUGAUCUGUACAGUACUGUAUAUAACUUAAUAUAUUAUGCACAUGCCCUACCCACACAGUGGGCAGAAAAGAACCACAAGAGAACAUUAAUACUGUUAUAACGUAAACAUUAAAGCAAAGAGAAUGCAUUAGAAAGGUGAA